UAUUCUCAUCUGAGCUAUUAAAAAUUAAAAGGAAGAAGUGAUUGAGGAAAUAAGGGACUAAUAAGGGCAGAAAGGAAACAAAGUUUAGUUAGAACUAUAAUAUAUAGCAGUAGAACAGUUAAUUUGUCAAACACCAAUUGAGCACAUAUUCAACACACGUACGAAACAAGCAUAUCUGCAUUUCUGUUGUAGGUGGGUAAUCUUUCGACAAGCCAUGGAGGAUCCUAAUCGCAUGAUGGCUCACACUGGUGGAAUGAUGGCACCGCAGGGCUAUAGCCUAUCUGGGCAGGACGAUGGCCAAAAUACUGGCAACGAGAACGAAGUGCGGAAGCAAAAGGAUAUUGGCGAGAUAUUACAACAAAUUAUGAGCAUCUCUGAGCAGUCACUGGACGAGGCACAGGCCAGGAAGCACACACUAAACUGUCAUCGAAUGAAGCCAGCUCUAUUCUCGGUACUAUGCGAAAUUAAGGAAAAAACUGUUCUUUCAAUUCGCAAUACUCAGGAAGAAGAACCACCAGACCCGCAACUGAUGCGACUAGAUAAUAUGCUGAUUGCCGAGGGCGUUGCUGGUCCCGAAAAAGGUGGUGGAGGCGCAGCAGCUGCAUCCGCAGCAGCUGCUAGUCAGGGUGGCUCGCUAUCGAUUGAUGGUGCUGACAAUGCCAUUGAACACUCAGACUAUCGCGCAAAGUUGGCGCAGAUUCGUCAGAUCUAUCACCAAGAGCUAGAGAAGUACGAGCAGGCUUGUAACGAGUUCACUACGCACGUUAUGAAUCUUCUGCGUGAGCAGAGUCGAACCAGACCCAUUACGCCCAAAGAAAUCGAGCGAAUGGUACAGAUCAUUCACAAAAAGUUUAGCUCUAUACAAAUGCAGCUGAAGCAGUCGACAUGCGAAGCUGUAAUGAUUCUUCGUUCGCGCUUUCUAGACGCACGUCGAAAGCGGCGUAAUUUUAGCAAGCAAGCAUCAGAAAUCCUCAAUGAAUACUUUUAUAGUCAUUUAAGUAACCCAUAUCCAUCCGAGGAGGCCAAGGAGGAGCUGGCGCGUAAGUGCGGAAUAACGGUCUCACAAGUAUCCAAUUGGUUUGGCAAUAAACGCAUUCGUUAUAAAAAGAACAUUGGUAAGGCACAAGAAGAGGCCAAUUUGUAUGCAGCCAAAAAGGCAGCAGGUGCUUCCCCCUAUUCGAUGGCAGGUCCGCCCAGUGGCACAACAACACCCAUGAUGUCACCAGCUCCGCCACAGGAUUCAAUGGGUUAUACCAUGGGCUCCGGUGGCUACGAUCAGCAGCAACCUUACGAUAAUAGCAUGGGCGGUUACGAUCCCAACCUCCACCAGGAUCUUAGCCCUUGAAAAUAAAUUUUAUCAAAAUAUCUAUUAAUCUAUAUUGAUGGCAUCUUUAUAUGGGCAAGUUAUCGUAAUCGAAACUAAUGCACUUUAUAUAUAUACAUAUUACUACUGAGCUGCGCGUGUGUGUUAGUCUGGCCAGAAUACCAUACCAACAAUACUGUAUACGAUUAAAUCUUAAUAAUAGUACUCACCCAAUGGCAUACGGAUAUCUAACGCGUAUUUUUAAAUAAGUUUAUAUUCAUUAAUAGAUAACAUUAUCUUUGAAGUACAUUUUGCUUCCAUUUUUUUCCAACAGUAAAUUAAACAGAAUUCUUUUCUUAUA